AUGUCAGAUACUGGCACCGGCACCGACACCGGCAAGGGAGUCGCGCCGGACUCUCACUCUGCCCUCUUCGGCCUCGAAGGAAAACGACCGUCAACCACGGCCGGGGCUGGCGCGGGAUCAGGAGUCAUGGGUACAAGUGGACAUUCGGCAGCUGGAGCUGCAAACCCAACCCCAACCCAGGGCGGUGUGGCCGGUGUCGGCGUCUCGGACAAGGACAAUACACAACAACCCACCACGGCGGGCAUCGAGCACGGUGGAAAGAGCACUGCUGUUCCAGGCUCCGGGGCCGAGACCUUGACUCCUAGUCAAGGAUCAGGAGAGAUACCUCCGAAGGUAUGA